AUGGCAAAGAACGACGAAGUCUUGGAGGCGUCUCAGACGCAAGUCAGUCACGUCGAAAAUGACCCUAAAGGAGGACAAGUCUUCAUUGAAGACUCUGCUCCUGGUCUUUUUCUCAACCUUUGCGUUGUAGCAACCGCCAUCGGUGGCAUGCUCUUUGGCUACGACACUGGAGUCAUCUCUGGUGUUCUCGUGGUUCUUGGAGAUGACCUUGACGGUCGCCUUCUAACCCCCAGUAACAAAGAUCUCAUCACUGCUCUUUGCGCAGCUGGUGCGUUCAUCGGAGCCAUCAUUGCGGGAAUCACUGCCGACAAGUAUGGACGAAAGCCUGCUAUCUGGUUUGCCUCGGUGCUCUUCACUAUCGGCGCUGUUGUGCAGGCUGCUUCAUACUCGCUGGUCCAAAUGUGUGUUGGUAGAGUUCUCGUUGGUCUUGGUGUCGGUUCAGCCUCGAUGAUUAUCCCACUUUACAUUGCGGAAAUUGCACCUGCUAAGUACCGCGGCCGAAUGAUCUCAAUCGAUAUGGUGUUCCUAGCGACCGGUUCCCUUCUCGCCUAUGCUUUCGACGCAGCCUUCUACAAAGUCCCUCAUGGCUGGCGAUACAUGGUUGGACUGGGAGGACUCCCGUCCAUCCUCCUUGGAGUUCUUCUGUUUUGGUGUCCCGAGUCACCGCGCCAACUGUGCUUCCAUAAUCGAUCGGACGAAUGUCUUCGAGUCUUGCAACGAAUGUAUCCGACAGCCAACGAGACCCAAGUCGCUCAGAUGAUGACCGAUAUACAAUACGGUGUCACACAAGCCAAGGCUCUCAACGAAGAGAUCUCAGUUCGGCAAUCUCUCAAGAGUCUUGUGACUGUUCCUGCCAAUCGUCGAGCGGCCAUUGUGGCCUGUGGUCUCAUGGCUACUCAGCAACUCUGUGGCUUCAACACCAUGAUGUAUUACUCCAGUACCCUCUUUCAGAUCGUCGGUUUCGACAACCCUAUCGCGGUCGGUACAAUUGUAACCGCCACGAACUGGAUCUUCACCUUUGCUUCCAUCUUCCUUAUUGACAGAGUUGGUCGUCGUAGACUAUUGCUCUGGACCAUGUGGGGAAUGCCUGUUUUCCUCCUACUGGCAGCUGGAGUGUUCACCAAGAUACCCAUUGAUCGGCAAACUCUGGAACUCACAGAUGACAAAGUUGGAUGGCCUGCGAUUGUUGUUCUUGUCUCCAUGAUUCUCUUUGUCGCCAGCUACGCAGCUGGUCUUGGCUGCGUGCCCUGGCAAGCCAAUGAGUUCCUCCCCAUGGAAGUCCGUGCUAUGGGUACAAUGAUGAUCAACAUGUGCAACUGGGGGCCUAAUAUUAUUGUCUCAUCCACUUUCUUAUCAAUGAUGCGUGGCAUCUCCCCCUCUGGCACCUUUGGCUUCUAUACUGCCUUGUCUUUUCUAGGUUUCGUCUUUGUCUUCUUCUGCUAUCCCGAGGCUGCUGGAAUGACCUUGGAGGAGAUCCGCGUCGUCUUUGAUCAUGGAUUCGGAGUUCGUUAUGCUGAGGAAUGGCGCAAGCAGAGGAAGUUAGGCAACGUCACCCAUGGGGCAAAUGAAACCGGUAAAGAGGUUGUUUAA